AUGGUCGCCAAAUGGUGGGACUUUGAUUGCCUAUGUUUACUUCGUUGGUGCUGUCUCUUCGCUCCCUCUCUCCCUCCCCCUCCACCAUUUGAACAAUCUAACCUACUUUUUAGGUUUACAACAAAGAUGGUUUUCGAGAGAUUGAAGGUGUCACUGAAGAUAAGAUUUAGGUCUUUGAAGAUAUGGAAACCGAAUGAUGAUUCAUACAACAAGAUCGAAAAGAGUGAUAGCAUGAGGGUUGGAAUACGAAGCAGGAAAGCACGUAAACUUAUUGAAGAAACUCUUAGAGUCGCUGAUUCUCCCAAGUGUACUGAAGCCUACUCUUUCUAAACUAUUAGUAGUAAUAUUAGAAGUAACAGUAAUUCCAAUUAUUCCAUACUUGUGUUUCUGUAUAGAUGUUUAGUUACUGGAGGUGUUAUCAAGUUCUUGAACGACACCAACCUUAAAAAUAAACUAAAGUUUGUUUUGUGUGAUUUGCAUGUGAAUUUUUCAUGUUAAAUAUGUCAGAUGUCAUGAUUAUUUUAUAAAUCAUGGGAG